AUGAGAACAAGGAGCGGCUUUUCUUCCCUGCCAACCUGGGUUUUAUCAGGCUGGCCAUCCAACACGGGUUGCCCCUCCUACCAGUGUACAGUUUUGGUGAGAACCAGCUCUUCAGGACAGCCGAAUGGGUUAAGUCCAUCAAUAAGUUCUUUUAUGAGAACUUCAAGAUCGGCAACGUUCUCAUCAUUGGCCUUUUUGGAAUCCCAGUGUCUCCUUUGCUUCCCAAUCCCUUCGUAG